AUGGAUAUUGUCAGGAAAUGUGAUGGAUUACCACUAGCUAUUAUGGUAUUGGGAGGUCUUCUAUCGGAUAAAAGGCUAAAUACUACUCUUGCUGAAUGGAAGAAAAUGCUCGACAGUGUGAACUGGCAUCUAGAGUACUCGAGUGACUGUCAAAAGGUACUGGCUUUGAGUUACUCCGAAUUACCUAGUCACUUGAAGCCUUUAUUUCUUUAUUUUGGGGUUUUUCCAGAAGAUACUGAGAUCGAUAGGGACAGAUUGAUUCGGCUGUGGGUUGCAGAGGGAUUUCUGGAACCAAGGGGGAAUUUAAGAAUGGAAGAUGUGGGCGGAGAAUGCCUUGAGGAGCUGAUGCAGAGGAACCUGAUUCAAGUUGCGACGUGGAAACCAAAUGGGGUACCUCGAUCAUUUAUAAUUCAUGAUCUCCUCUUGAACUUGGCAAUAUCCGAAGCCAAGGAAGGUAACUUUCUUAACGUUUUCAAUUCUCAGAAGUCCUUGAAUUGUUAUCGUCGUGAAGCCCUCCAAGAUAAGUGUGAUGAAGAAAAUAUGGCUGAUCAGGAGGCAUCUUACCGUUCCUCCACCUCCAUGAGUUCUUCUAUAAACCUUCUCCGCUCAUUGCUCUGCUUCACUGAAGUGUCCCCGUCUCUUUAUGGAGAGUUCAAACUACUUAAUGUGUUGGAUCUAGAGGGUGCUCCAGGUAUUAAAAGCUUACUCAAGGAAACAGGAAAGCUCAUUUUUCUCAAGUACUUGAGCUUACGUGAUACUGGCUUGGAAACUCUUCCACCUUGGGUUGGCAACUUGUAUAACCUAACUCUCGAUCUGUACGGUACCGAGAUUGAAUCUCUCCCCAUUGAAAUAUUAAAAUUGCGUAAAUUAAGGCAUCUUGUAUUUGAUGGCAGAAACAAGAUGAAGGCAUUUAAUGACUCCAUUGUUAGGAGUGGUAUUGGGAUUUAUCGACGGCCUUCUCCUCAUAGACACAUUCAUGAUCUAAGUGAUCUCCAAACACUAGUCCUUCCAACAGGUGAUUGGAUUGAGAAUGGUCUCGAAAUGUUGACCGGUCUCAGGGAUUUGUGGAUAAUUGGGACUGCAAUGGAAAAAUUCAGAGAGGCAUUGUCCCGGGCCCUAGUCAAUUUGGUGCGCCUUGAGGUCAUAGUCUUGAUAGAAUUUGGAAGUGGUGAAAUUUUUUUCCCGUCACUUUCGAGCCAUGUGUAUCUCUAUGAUCUCUCCAUCUGUGGACACAUACAAAAGCUACCUGAACUUCAUAACUUCCCUCCGAAUCUCGCAAGGUUGCGAUUGGGUGGCACACAUCUAAAAGAAGACAUGAUGGUUACACUCGAGAAGCUGUCCCAAUUAAAGGACCAUUCAUUAUAUCGGUUUACAUACGAUGGAGUUGUAAUGAAAUGCCAUGCAGGGGGGUUUUCUAAACUCGAGAGUUUGUCCCUCCAAGAGUUUGAUUGGCUAAGGUAUUGGAUAGUGGAGGAAGGAGCAAUGCCUAAUCUGAUGAUACUGGAAAUUAGAGGCUUUGAUAGGUUAAAAUGGAUCCCCGGUGGGCUGAGACACAUCACAACACUACAGAAACUUACAUUGGCUAUGCCAAAGGAGUUCCUUGAGAGGGUUAAAGAAGGUGGAAAAGAUUGGGAGAAGAUCAAACAUGUACAUUCCAUCAAUACAAGGGAAGAAGAAGAAAUCAUACCUGAAGAACAGUUAACCGAAUAUGAACGCAAAUGGUUCACAUCUACAGGGGAGAUGAUCCCUGAUGACCACUAA